AGGUGCUGCUGUGGGACCACGGGGACAGAAGAACGGGGGCUACCGACCCCUAAGUGUGCAACCGAGAGAUGCUCGGGGCCUUGUGCCUGCCACGCAAAGAGUGGGGAGAGGAAAUAGAGCCGGUUCCUUUAAGAGGGUUUUUCGCCGCCUGGCAGCGCCGCCCGGGCAGCCAAUUCCCACCGACCCGACGCACAACGACAGCGGAGACAGCGCCGGCGUUGGGGGGCACAGAUGGACCCGGGGCACCAAUACGGGAGCGGAUAACGGCACGGAUCCGGUCUUCCCACCCCUCGCCUCCCACCCCACCGCCCGCCCCGGCCCUGCCCAGCCCAGCCCUACGGAGGGAUGGGGAGCGCAUCCCGCUUAGGGGGCAGCGCUCAGCCCGGGGAGCGGCUCUGAGCUCCGGCCGCCGCCCGUUCUCCUGCCCCGCGGUCCGUCGGGGCGCACCGGGGGCUGCGGGCGCUCGGCCCCGCCGCGGGCAUCGCCCCUUUGUCCGCAGGGGGGUGGGGGGGGAGCGGCUGCGGCACUGAGCGGAGCGGCGGAGGCUGUAGGGAGCGGAGCCCGAGAUCGUACAGAGCUGAGGCUGGCUUUAUUCCAGCCCUGAAAGGGAUCUGUCUGCAUCGGGGAGAGGGCUGGGAAGAUCUCGGAGCAGCUCCUCGCGAGGCCAUCCUCCCCUUCCAGGGGAUUGUGUGUGUGCAUUGCAGCUGCGGCGAGGAGCUGCCUGCAGCCUGCGGCUCAGCUAAAUAGCAGCACAAUGGCAGAGAAAGGCAUGGAUCCUGCGUGCGUCUCCAUCGCCCUGGAGGACACGGUUUGCCACGCCGGCCCCCCGGAUGCUCCUCUCCUCACCACCCACUUGAAGAAGGUGGAAAACCACAUCACAGAGGCCCAGAGGUUUUCCCACCUCCCGAAACGUUCAGCUGUCAACAUCGAGUUCAUUGACCUGUCCUACUCUGUGCGCGAGGGCUCCUGGUGGAGGAAGAGAGGCUACAAGACCCUCCUCAAAUGCCUGUCAGGGAAGUUCUGCCAGCGAGAGCUCAUUGGGAUCAUGGGCCCAUCGGGUGCCGGCAAGUCCACGCUGAUGAACAUCCUGGCUGGCUACAGGGAGACGGGCAUGAAGGGUCAGAUCCUGGUGAAUGGGCGGCCGCGGGACCUGCGCACCUUUCGCAAGAUGUCCUGUUAUAUCAUGCAGGACGACAUGCUGCUGCCUCACCUCACCGUGCUGGAGGCCAUGAUGGUCUCUGCUAAUCUGAAGCUGAGUGAGAAGCAGGAGGUGAAGAAGGAGCUGGUCAAUGAGAUCCUGACAGCCCUGGGGCUGCUGGAGUGCUCCUACACCCGCACCAUCUCGCUGUCGGGAGGCCAGAGAAAGCGUCUUGCCAUUGCUUUGGAGCUGGUGAACAAUCCUCCUGUUAUGUUUUUUGAUGAGCCCACCAGUGGUCUGGACAGUGCCUCCUGCUUCCAGGUUGUCUCCUUGAUGCGCUCCCUGGCUCAGGGUGGCCGCACCAUUAUCUGCACCAUCCACCAGCCCAGCGCCAAGCUCUUCGAGAUGUUUGACAAGCUCUACAUCCUUAGCCAGGGCCAGUGCAUCUUUAAAGGCGUCGUGACCAACCUCAUCCCUUACCUGAAGGGCCUUGGGCUCCAUUGCCCCACAUACCACAACCCUGCUGACUUCAUUAUCGAGGUGGCCUCAGGAGAAUAUGGGGACCUCAACCCCGUCCUGUUCCGCGCUGUGCAGAACGGCAUGUGCACCAUGGCAGAGAAGAAGAGCAGCCCUGACAAGGCGGACUCGUCGUGCCCAGCACACUGUGUGACAGACGUGGACCACAUUGAGAGCCACACGUUCGCCACCAAUACCUCCACCCAGUUCUGCAUCCUCUUCAAGAGAACCUUUAUCUGCAUCCUAAGGGACACGGUGCUGACCCACCUGCGCUUCAUGUCCCACAUCUGUAUUGGGGUGCUGAUUGGGCUGCUCUACCUGCACAUCGGCAACGACGCCGGCAAAGUCUUCAACAACACUGGCUUCCUCUUCUUCUCCAUGCUCUUCCUCAUGUUCGCUGCUCUGAUGCCCACCAUCCUCACCUUCCCCCAGGAGAUGUCUGUAUUCUUGCGAGAGCAUCUGAACUACUGGUACAGCCUGAAAGCCUAUUACCUGGCCAAGACCAUGGCAGAUGUGCCCUUCCAGGUGAUCUGCCCCAUUGCCUACUGCAGCAUCGUGUACUGGAUGACAGGCCAACCUCCCGAGGCCACGCGAUUCCUCCUCUUCUCUGCCCUGGCCACUGCCACUGCUCUGGUAGCCCAAUCCCUUGGGCUUCUCAUUGGAGCUGCUUCUACCUCCCUGCAGGUGGCCACCUUUGUGGGACCCGUCACUGCCAUCCCUGUCCUGCUCUUCUCGGGCUUCUUUGUCAGCUUCAAGACCAUCCCCACCUACCUGCAAUGGAGCUCCUAUGUCUCCUACGUCAGGUAUGGUUUUGAAGGCGUCAUCCUCACCAUCUACGCCAUGGAGCGCGAGGACCUGGAGUGCCUCGAGGAAUUCUGCCCUUUCCAAAAACCCAUCAAGAUCCUGCAGGAGCUGGACGUGGAGGAGGCCAAGCUCUACCUGGACUUCCUCAUCCUGGGCAUCUUCUUCAUCAUCCUGCGGCUCCUGGCGUACCUGGUGCUCAGGUACAAAGUCAAGUCGGAGAGAUAAAGGGGCCCGCGGGACCCCAGAGCUGCCCCCAGGCCUGAGCUGCUGCAUGGCAGCCAUGGACCAUGUCGGUAGGUGCCAGCCAGGCCUGGCUCAGUCGAGAAGGGUUUUGAGACAUCUCGGAACUGUUUUAACCUUUCCACUCACUCUUCAUGGCAAACGUUUUGUACAGCCCCAUUGCGUGUCCCCCCCAGUUCUGCCUCAGCCCAUGGAGCUGCAUCCCUCCGCUCACCAUGACUGCCUAUGGGUACAACAGGGACCGUCCCAUAGAGGCAGAGUGGGGCUGUGGGGAGCUCCAGGCAGGAGAAGGAGAAUCAGGUGCUGGGGGUCUGAGCCACGUGGGGACACACACAGAGCCGUCGCAUAGAGAAGAGCCCAAAGCCACCAUAGACCAAGUUGCACAAGGCUUCUGUGUUUCCUGAUGCUGCUGCAGCCACAGAUUGCUGCCUCCCCUUUUCCUUCCUGCUUCAAUCCUCCCUUGACUUUUCCUUUUUAUUUCUUUUUCCUCCUUUUCAAUUAUGUUUAAAACCCCACUUGCAUGGAGAGAAAUGGGAGCAGGGGGCAGAGGACUCGGGGCUCUCCUAUGCUGCUGCUCAGUGCCAUCCUCAGAGAUGGUCUCUGCUACCUGGGGAUGCAGCAGUGUCUAUAGGAGUGGGGCAGUGUCACGUUCAAUCUUUGGGAUCUGAACCAAGAGGAUAAAAGUGAUCAACACAAAAAGAAGCCACCGUCCCAUCAAACCCCAUAUGGAACACUGUGCCAUCACCGGAGCUCUGCUGGGCCCCUUGUUCCCUUUCCCCAGCACAACCAUGCAGGAUGAUCCCCAUCCCACCCUCCCUCAGCAUCAGCUGGGAGGGGAUGAAGACUAUGGGCACCCACCCAUUGCAGCAGGACUGGUGGGUAAGAGCAUGGACAAGUGGGUCCCAGUGGUGCCGGAGCUGGAAGGCAGGUGAGAUCUGACAGCAGUUGGUUUGCAUUGAGCCGCCCUGAUGCUGGGACUGGUACCAGGAGAAAAGCUCCUUUUGGUGGUUCCUCCAAAGCUCUGCAAUCUUCAGGGGGGAUUUUAGCACCUUGUUGGCUUUCAGAAGGAGUGGAACUGGUGGGGACAGCACGCUGGCACUGCUGUCAUGGGGCUGCAUGAUGCCAGCUGAGCCCACUGCUUGCUGGUGAGCAUGGACAUGGCAGAGGAUUGGACUGCAGAGAAACUGCAGCAAUAUCCCCUGAACUCUUCUCCUGGUUUGUUGGGACUGCUUUGCACUGCAGGGUCUGGAUGGAGGGCAGAGAUGGAGGUGCUGCUGCAGCAGGGCUGGGUUUCCCCUGCAUGGAUAUGAGGAGCUCAUGCAUAAAGGCUCUGGAAGCAGGACGUGCUCUGAUGCUCUUCCAGUGCUGAGCAUUGGGGUUUCCCCAGGGGAGAUCUCAGCUGACUCAUUGCUGUGCCCCAUAAAAACUCCCCCAUGCUCCCUUCACUAUCCCUGCGCUGUGCUGUGCAGGGGAUGGGAGGGCUGCAGUCCCCACAUCUGCUGUGCCACCAGGCAAUGGCAGAGCUGCUGGCUGUCCCCUACCAUCAUCUCUUGUCUCUGGGGCUGUUGGGCUACUUCAGUGCCCCACUUCUGCCCUGCUCUCGGAUUGCAUUGUGAGGUCAUAGGAGAUCCGUGUUGAUUUUUGCCCUGUUUAGGAUGUGUGGGGUGAGGAUGCACUUUAUUGGAGCAGGGGAGUGGGGCUCUGGGUGCUUCUGGCUGCAGGCAUCCCUCCAGGGAACGCGUCUGGAUAAUCACGAGGAGUGUGAUGGAGGAGAGCAGGCUUCUCCCCCUCCACCUCCUCUCCCUUCCCACCCCCUCCCUUCCCCUGCGAUGCACUUUGAGUGCAUUAGGAUGAGAUCUGGGCUGUAUCUGCAGCUCUCUGAGGACGCCAGCUGAACUUCAGCCCAUCUUGAACUGCUUCAGGCCCAAAAGCUCAGCCUCCCCCUUGUGUGCUAUGAGCAGCCCCCAGCACGCUGCCAGGCACACAGGGACUCGGCCUCUCCCCUCCACGCAUGUCCAGGUCACCUUUGUCACAUUCACAUGAGGAGCAAACACAUCCUCACCCACUGGGGUUUGCUGGAGGGCACAGCAGGGCAGCACAGGGGGCAAAGAGCUGCCUGCGGGGCCUCACCCACCCCAAACAGGCAAUAAAGCAGUGUUUCAUUCUCUCUG